AAGCCAUCUGAAACAUCGGAAACCGUCACCAAAAGUUCGUCACUGCAAGCACCUGCUGGAAUGACGACACAGCCCAGUGGUGCCACUGCUAGCCGUGGAGAAAUCCAUACGUCUGCACCUUCGAAAGAAGCACAAACUGGCAAAACGAAUCAGCCCGCCACCGCCACCUCUCUGAAUAUCAGAACAAAAAAGGAAAAAGAAACGGGUGAACAGGAAUCGGAUACGGAUUUGACUAGCAGCGAAAUGGAAACCAUGAAAAGCAUUGAGAGUGAUGCGCAUGUUUCCGAGGAUCAGUGCACUGAUUUGAGGAGUGACGAUUCUUCAUGUCAGGAAUCUUCACGCGUUAUGGAUAGUGAGCCCGAUACUUCCGAAAUAAGUCAGAUAUCAUCGACAGGGCCAAAAAAAAGAUUCAAGCGACGUUCUUCAAAAUCCAUUGAAUCAGUGGAUAUCGAAUAUCAGUCGGAGCGGCCAGUCCGUGAGGUAUAUGCGACCAAGUCGAUAGAAUCCGGUGAUCUGGAAUACCAUUCUGAAUUAUUUCCCGAUUUAGCACAGCCUGCGGAAGACACCACACGUGAUAGAAAAUCAUGCAAGAGCCGAGAAGUGGAUAAAAGCUCCAGUACAGCAUCAGCAGGAGUGUGCAGCGAAUCACUCGUGAUUUCAUCCAGGAGUCCUCAUUUUGCCGAGAAAACACUGAAAAAAAUAAGUUGGGAGCCAGCAAAAAUCGAGGAAUGGACAGAAUAUACACCUGAGCCAGGGCGGCCAAUCCAAGACGAACAGAGAGCACCGCUGAUCAAAACAUCAACAGAGUCGAGUAACCUGGAAUAUCAGUCUUCACGACAUUCCGUCGAAAAACAAUCCGAAGAUGAAUCUGAAUCAGAGAACUCAAUCAGCGAAAGCCGAAAAGUGCAAGGAACGGCGCAUUCCAUAGAUAUCUCUCCAACGGGCAAGUCCAGCGAACUUUCCGACAGCUCGAAAGUUUCGUAUUUUGUUGAGCCGCCGUAUUUAUGUGGAUCUCGAGAGAAAUCCCGACUUGCUACGACAACAAGACUCCAGCCACGUGAAGUGCGAUCAAAUGAUAUUUUCAAAAGAGGAUUUUUCAUAUCAUUUUUAAGCCGAGCAAAUCACUGA